AUGUAUUCUUCUUCUUCUUCUUCUUCUUCUUCUUUCUUCUUCUUCUUUCUUCUUCUUCUUCUUCUUCUUCACUAUCUUUCCACGUGUCUGGGUUUUUCUUCUUCGUCCCUUAUUCCUCAUUUUCUCUUCCUACCGUUCGUUUUAUUUCAUUGUUUCUUGUUUCCCCCCACUCUCUCUCAUUUACAGUGGCUUUCUCUUCUUUCUCCUCCUCUCACCUUUCACCCCGUCUCUUCUUAUUUUCCACUUCUCUUUCCUUUUCCUACGCAUAACUUUAUUCAAUUCUGGACUUCAUUAUCUAUCUAUCUAUCUAUCUAUCUAUCUAUCUAUCUAUGUUUCUUUCUUUCUAUCUCAUUCUGUUCCCAUCUAUCUAUCUAUCUAUAUAAGUUUGUGUCAGUAUCUAUCUAUCUAUAUAUAUUUGUGUCAAUUCAUUCUCCCUUUUUUCUCCUUUUUCUUUCCCUCUUUUUAACUUUCACUUCAUUUAGAUUCAUUAUUCCUUUUCGUUUUCUUCCUUUUCUCUUUCAAUAUCACAUUUCUUUUAAAUUUAUCAUUCUUUCCUUCUUUCUUUCUUUCUUUCUUGCCACUUUGAUAGAUACUCCCUUUUUUCUUUCCUUUUCUUUCCUUACUUUCUUUCUUUCCGCCUUUUCUUUCUAA